AUGGCGGAAUAUCUGAAGGAUUUCGCCCUGUUUCGCAACGAUGCCAAUCACUCCGCGGUGUCUGCCGACGAAUUCAAGAACAAGAUCGUUGGGCUCUAUUUCUCCGGCCACUGGUGUCCUCCGUGUCGCAAGUUCACGCCCGUCUUGAAGGAUUUCUACGAGAGGAGUUCGGCCGACUUGGAGGUAAAUUCGUUGAGCAUUAGAAUGGGCGAAAAUUGAAAAUUUUGAAUCUUUCAUAUUGUUCUAGAUCGUCUUCAUUUCCCGCGACCACACUGAGAAGCAGAUGAUGAAUUACUUGAAGGAAUCGCAUGGAAAGUGGCUCUACAUCAAGACGAACACCGAGAAGUAAGCAUUUAACAUAUUUUUGGGAUUUGAUUUUAGAUUUUACACGUUUUGCAAAAGUUUGGAACGACGAAUUAAUUUAUACCUAAAUUUUUUUGUUGCGUAGGAGGCUGGGUGUGGAAGAACUUGUAUUUAGCAAGAAGCCAUCUCAGUGAAUGUCUGAAAUUUUUAUAUCGGAACGAUUUCAUGAUUCACAAUAGUUUCUAAACGAUUUCAGUUGUUUUAGGUUUGAUUAACAUUGUUUUCAGCUACAAGAAGUUGAACAAGAAAUACAACGUGCUCAGCAUCCCAACUCUAAUCCUCGUGAAGCCCGAUGGAACUACUUUCGAAAGCGAUGUGGUUGAAGAGAUCUUUGUGAGUUUUUUUUCCAGAGGUUAAUCUUGUUUAGUCUAUUAGAGAAAUGAUUGAUAUAAAUUGCGGUUCCAGGAGUCCAAAGGGUCCAGCGAGUUGAUCAAAAAGUGGAAGGAAAAGAUGAACAAGACGUAG